ACAGAACACUAUCACGUGACCAAUAGAGUGCGGGAACUUCAAGUCGAAAAUGGCAUCCAAAGUUGGACAAAAACACCAAGAAAAUAUCCAAAUGGCUGCAUUCAGAGGGAAAAACUCGUCGGAAGAUGGACUCACCAGACUUGCACCAUCAGAUGGCAGAAAAACACUGCAGACAUUACAGUACUCGGCUGUAAAAGAUAGGAAAAGUCUAGGAAAAGAUGCUCUUCUGAAUGCACAGAAAGAAAAGAGUGGAAAAGACACCAUUCAGAUUUAUGCUGAUCCUAAAACACCAGACAUCAAGAGCAAGACUUUCGAUGACAAAGCAGUUCAGACCGAGAAAAAGUCCAAAUCAGAGGAAGACAUCGACCAGGAGGCUUAUGAUUUAAUGGUCAAUGAGGAUAUUCCUGAAAACUACUGGCGAGACCUAGCUGAACGCAGGAGAGAAGCACUGAAUGAGUCAUUAAAUGAAAACGAACAGCUUCACAAUGAGGUAGAUGAGCUUCGGAAUGAAAAUGAAAAACUGACAAAUAUGGCAAGCCAAGCAGAAUAUUUUGCAGGUGUAAUCCAAGAAUUGGUUGGUGUUAGUGAAGAGAGUGAAGAUAAAUCAGAUGACCAGGAGGAGGAGGAGGAGCAAGACAGCUGUGAUAAAGACAAAGAAAGUGAAAAUAAUGAUACAAAAGACACAAAACCAGACGAGAAAUCUACCCCAGAGGACAUUGACGCUUCAGAAGACCACAAAGAUGAAUGCCAGUCAAACACAGAGGAAGAAACAUCCUGAUACUUUUACAUUCAGUAUAUAUAAAGGACUUAAUAGGGUCUGAUAAGGAUGUCCUAUAUUUUUCAAUUUUACUUUAAAUCCUGACUGGGAAAAUUGUGUUUUGAUACUGAAACUGAUGACAUUUUUAAACACAUAGCGAAAAAUCUGACAUCCAAACAUUACAACAUAUUUAAUACAGAAUGAAAACGAUCUGUAGAUCAGUUCUAUUCUGAAUGAUCCUCAUUAAUAUUUAAUAAAAUAAAGCGAUAAUACUGAUAACUAAUUUAUUCUUAUGUUUGAAAAUCUGAGGGGGAAAACCCAGAUUUAUUCAAAAGCAUUCAGACUUUGUUUUCUCAUGUUAUACUUGGAGCUGUUUUUCUUGCUACCACAUUAUACCUGUAACUUUUUGUAAAAAUGUGAUUUACUUUGUACCUAUGUGUUUUAGUUUUAACUCUUGUACCAACAGUAUGAAAUAUAGGUGCUAAUUACCUUUCAAUUUAUAUGCACUUUACUUGCAAUGGAGUAUGAUUUUGUACUGAAUGAUCAGUUGUAUUGAAUUUAAUAUAGUGUUGUAUUUGUAACAUGGGUUUCAGUCGAAAACAGGUAUUAUAUCCAUAUACAGAAUAACAUGUACUUUGAUAUUUUUAUAAAGGAGUAAAACUGUAAGUGUUACUUUAAAAAAAGAUGUGGUUUGAAUCAUAACUUACACAGUCGAAAUGACUAGUCAUUUUAUAGUUCUUUUUAUCCCAAAUAUCCCAAAAAUUUAUCUGUUCUUUUCUAUAUAAUCUUUUCCUAAACAUGUGUAGCCGUUACACUUAUUUAAACAAUUGUUCAUGUUUUUGAGGAGAUGUGAUAAGUAUUUAUAUUAGCCCCUGAUCUGAAAUUAAUGAUAUAAUCACAAACAUGAUGCACUUCAAAAUUUGAUAAUAAUAUUUAUUGAUUAUGAUUGGUUACAAAUCCUUUUUAUACCCCUGCAACACUUCAUAGCUGCAACAAUAGUGUAAAAAGAAAAACUGCUCAAAAAAGGAUAAUGGAUUAGAAAUAACUAGAAAAAUGCUAUGCACUUUUAAUACUUGUGACCUCCCUAACUCUGCUGAUUCACAACAGUGGGGCUACUGUAUUUCUCUUUAUCUGCUUGCUUUCUCUAUGUACAUGAUCAGUGUUUGAACUUAACUGUAGACCCCCGGACAAUCACUAAAAAUAACACUAUGUCUAUGGGCUUCGUUCACUUCAUAUACCAAGCUGUUUAUUAUUUUAUUAAAGUUAUUUCCUAUGAUGUGAAAUGGGAGAAUGUGUCUUGAAAUAUUUUUUUCCUUUAUUAGGACUUAUUUUUCGUAGUUUUAUUUAAUAUAAUAAAGCACUAAAUAAAUUUAUUAAAGUAAAAUUCCUUGGUCAAAGUCUAAUACUGUAUACAAAAGUUUCAAUAUGUCUUUUAAGAAAUCAAUUUGCAUAUAAAACCUUUUGUCUAUACUGUCUUAAUUAUAAAUUCUAAGACUGAUUUAAGGAUAUAUCUUUUUAAAAAAAUGUAGGGGGUCAUAUAUGGCCCUUGACUUGUCUCCAUCUCCCAGAUUUGAUUAUUUGUUUAUAAAGUAAAUGUAAAGGAUAUCUAAUUAGUUGUUUCUUAACAAAUAUAUCUGUUCUGGUUAGGUUAUUUUCCAGUGAUUUAAUACUUUCACAACAAGUAAGGGAAAGUAUACUAGAAUCAGUUUGUCCAUCUCUGUCAGUGGGGCAGUCUUUGUUGAUUUUUUGUAGGAGUAAUACUCAAGUAUUCCUUGACUUAAGAUGGCGGCUUUGGUGUCUGAUACUUGGACAUAAACAGCAUUUAAAUUAUAUAAUGACUUAUGAAGUUCUCUAAGGACAUGUUCAUUUUUUUUGAAGAUGUCCAGCUGUUACACCAUACUUGGUUUUGCUGUACAAGGUUAAACUUGUCAUUGUAGGUUUAUAUCAGACCCAUUAUAUAUAUAACUUGUAGCAUUCCCACUACAACAGUUAAGAUGGCCAGUAUGGCCUCUGACUAACUGAAACAUUAAAGCGGUCAAGCAGGGGCACUAGUUUGCCUAUGGCUUACAGUUCUAGUUAUAUUAAGAGUCUGUUGAAGGCUUUAUCCCUAAAAUUCCAUCUGAUUCCUGUUUUUAAUUUGAAUGAUCACCAAUUUACACAAAAAAUCGGAAAAGCACUUUACUAUCAAACAAAUAAUGACCACCUUGAGCCUGUAUAAUGUGAACAACAUUGAGAUAUGUUUUGUUUUUUAUCUUCAUGUAUAUGUUUUAGUGUUGUGUUCUAUAAAAAUACUUAUUUUCCAAAUUUCAUGAAAAUGAUGCUACAUUUUCUCCCGAAAUAGAAAUAAAUAACACACAUAAAUGUAUCUAAUAGUAGAAAUAAAAAAAAAGAUAUGAAGCGUCUCUUGUAAAACAAAUGUAAAUAGAAACGUUGGAAUUGGCAAAUUUUAAGCACAUGUCUUAGGCGUGAUGCAACCUAUAGAAAUUAUGUGAGGAAACCUGAUGAAACCUAUAGAAAUAAUGUGAGGAAACCUCUUUCAAAAUAAAGUUAUCUGUGCAUAUAUAUUUUUUGCACAAAUACUGUUUAUUAGACAAAUUCUGAGAAAUGAAAUUUAGAAUUUUUGUUUUAUUGUAAUAUACAUAGCGUAGCUUUGUCUUUUAUGUAACAUACUUUAUAGAAUGUGAUAGUGUAUUUGAGUGUGGAAAGAGAGAAUUUUAAAGGACUGUGUGUAUGGAAUACAAUGUAUAGAGGAAUUCUUUGAUGCAUUUACUGCCCUUAUUUGGAGAAGGCAUGAAUAUCUAAGACCAAGCAGAUUACUGGUAUGGCAAGCAGUGGGUGAAUAAAUAGUCAUAUAUCCCCUGAACAGGGGUGAAAAUUAGUUUCUUGUACCCAAAUGGAGUAUUGACACACAAAAGGAAAAUAGAUAAGUAUAAGACGAGAGUUGCUGUACACAUGAGACUUGAUGUACAUCAAUGUACUUCUUUCCAUUUUGUUCAUUUUCAGAAUCAUGAAAUAACUUACACAGCAGCAGUAUACAUUUUCCUAGAAACCAUUUUUCAUCAUUGGAUCAAAACUGUAUAAGAAAUUCACAGUGAAUCUGUAUAUAAACAUCAAAUUCUGAAAUGUAAAUAUGGAAACAUUUUGAAAAAUUUAAGUGUCAUUAUCUGAAACAAGUAAAACAAAAUCUUAAAAAGGAUGUUCAAAACAUAAGUACUGGUAUUAACCAUGAAUAAAUAAAGGCAAAACUUGAGAUUAUUUACGAAUAUUAGUGACACACUAUAGUGAAAUAAAGUGAAAUGCAUUAGUUUAUUUACUAUGAAAUAGUUUGAGCAGUAUUACAAUGUAUAGAUCAUACCAUGUUCAUGUGUAAGAACUGUGUAAGUAGUAAGUUUUGUGUAAGAGCACAUUUUAUUCUAUUUUAAUCCAUUAUCGGUCUUUGACAAUUUUGUAAAACCAUUUAAAUACUGUUGAGUUUUUAAGAAAAAAAUUAAUAAAAUUUGUUGACUUUUU